AUCGAUGCCCACGACACGACCCGCUGACAUGCUUUUCUUUGAUGCCAUCUCGAAGCAGCACGCCCAUGUCCAUGUCUGUAUCCAGGUCUCGCGUCGCUGCGUCUCCCAGUUUAGCUAUUCCCCUCGAACUGGCAUUCGCGCCGUAUACCCUGCGGCGUCCUGGCGAGCUUCGCUUGCUAGGUCAGGAAGUCCUGGGGCACAGCCAUAGGUCGGCCGAACGCAUUGGAUUUCCAGAAGCAUUUUUUUAUUAUUAAUCUGGAGAGAUAGAUAGAAAGACAGCUGGUUACGAAAUGAGAUUAGGCCGCCAUGGCCCACUCGUUAGGACUGAGAUUAGCCCGGGUAUCAUUGGGAUGCGACACGGUCAAGGGUACUUUAGAAUGCUUUUGAUGAUGGAAUAGUGUGG